AUGGAUCUGAAGUGUGUGUUUCUCUUCGCCGCGCUAUCGCUGGUACACGCGACCACCGUCAAGGACGAGGACAGCUUCGUGGAUAGGGGGUUCCGAGCGAUGCACAGGGUCUACGAGGACUGCCAGCAGAGGAACAUCGGCGUGUCGCCCUGCCUGAAGAAGAAGGCGAUCGCCUUCUUCGAGAGGCUCGGCAGGAUGCGCACUCUGCCGCUGUCGGAGACCUUCGAGCUGGUUAGGGCCUCCGACGAGCCGCCUAAGAGCACCGUGACAGAUUUAGAGGCUAGUCUGGGCAGGAACGCGGCUAGCAAAGAGGAGAUCUUGAACGAGAUCCUGUUCGAUCGCGUCGCGUCGCUGCUGAACGGCUUCAACAUGCAGAUCCGCCUGCCGAAGACCACUCCGGGGGAGCUGAAGAGGGGCAUGGAGGAGGGCCGGGGGAAGAUGAAGAAGAUGAUGGGCAUGAUGAUGAUGGGCAUGGCGAUGAAGAUGGCCGCGCUGAUACCCAUCGCCCUCGGCGUGCUGUUCCUGCUCGCCGGCAAGGCGCUGAUCAUCAGCAAGAUCGCGCUCGUGCUGUCGCUGAUCAUCGGGCUGAAGAAGCUCCUCAGCCAGAAGCAGAGCCACGAUCAUGGCGGCUGGCAGCAGAGCGGCGGGGGAGGAUGGGACAGGAGUCUGAAGGCUGUCUCCGAGGCGAUGCCGUCGACGACGGAGGCGGCGCAGAAGUACGCGCAGAACCUGGCGUACUCCGCGAGACAUCUUCAUUGA